AUGACUGCGAGUGAUACCCACUCCAAGAUGACCAGCGCUGUCUUGCAUCGGGAUACUCACUUCAUCCCCCAAAAGGCUGUUGGUGGCAAAGGAUGCUACAUCUUCCUUGAAGAUGGCACCAAGUUUCUCGACUCUACGGGCGGCGCCGCAGUGUCAUGCUUAGGCCACGGUCAUGAUCAGAUCAACCAGGCCAUCAAGGACCAGAUGGAUCAGAUCUCAUAUUGUCAUUCUGCAUUCUUCGGCACUCAAGUGACGGAAGACCUGGCAACAUUUCUAACAGAGUCCACUGGCAAAAAAUUGUCGAAAUUAUUUGUGGUCAGCUCAGGAUCUGAGGCUGUCGAGGCAGCGUUGAAGCUGGCUCGCCAGUAUUUCCUAGAGCUGCCCACACCACAGCCGGAACGUACCAGAUUCAUCGCUCGUCUACCCUCUUAUCACGGUACUACCCUCGGUGCACUGGGUGUUGGUGGACAUGUACUUCGAAGACAACCGUUUGAGCCUCUCCUGGCCAAGAACACAUCUCACGUUUCGCCUUGUUACGCUUAUCGUGGGAAGAAAGAGAAUGAGUCGGACGCCGAUUAUGUGGUUCGUCUUGCAGCCGAGCUCGAUGCAGAGUUCCAGCGUGUUGGGCCUGGCAAUGUGUGUGCUUUCAUCGCUGAGCCAGUCGUUGGAGCGGCACUCGGCUGUGUCCCUGCCGUACCGGGCUACUUCCCGGCCAUGAAAGCCGUCUGCGAGAAAUACGGCGCCCUUUUCAUUCUCGACGAGAUCAUGAGUGGCAUGGGCCGAUGUGGAACUCUGCACGCAUGGGAGCAGGAAGACGUCGUUCCCGAUAUCCAAACCAUCGGAAAGGGUCUCGGCGGUGGCUAUGCCCCUGUCUCGGGUAUCUUGAUUCACGACUCGAUUGUGCAGACGAUGGACAAAGGCACGGGUCAAUUCCGACAUGGGCAGACUUACCAAGGCCAUCCAAUCUCGUGUGCGGCAGCACUGGCUGUUCAACGGACUAUCAAGGAACAGUCUCUUCUCGAGAAUGUGCGAAAGAUGGGUGCUUACCUUGAGGAGCGGCUUCGCCAGCAGUUCCAGGAUCACCCUCAUGUUGGAGAUAUUCGAGGAAAGGGAUUGUUCUGGGGUCUUGAGUUCGUCAAGGAUAGAACUACCAAAGAGCCCUUCGAUCCUAAAACUCGUCUUUCAUUUCACAUUCAGGAAAAGGGCCUACAACCAGACUACGCCGUUUCACUCUACGGAUGUACGGGUACAGUGGAUGGCAUUCGCGGAGACCAUGUGGUGUUAGCACCACCUUACAUUGUGACCAAGGAGGAAAUCGAUACUCUGGUAGAUGUGUUGGCCAGAGUUUUGGCAGACGUCCUCGUGGAGUUGGAGAAGUAA